GCGUUACAUAUGGAACGUUCUUAAACACCAACCAUGUCGGAAGCGUCACGGGACGGCCGCUCGCGCAGCCUCGCGCGGCGCGCGUUGUCUGGCUGCGCGCGCGCCGCGUGCUCGCAGCUGGGGCUGGUGGCGCUGGUGGCGCUGUACGUGGUGCUGGGCGCGUUGCUGUUUGAGUACCUGGAGUCGGGCCCGGAGGUGCAGCCGCGGUCCGCGAUACAGCGAUCGAGGGAGGAGUGCUUGAAGGAGCUCUGGGCUAUCACAGAACGCCUCAACGUCCUCUACGAGCGAAACUGGACCCGACUAGUCCACGAGCAGCUACGCAAGUUCGAGUCAUCCAUCGUGGCGGCAGCACGGCAGGCGCCCGACGUGCAGCCUCAGGAGCUGGCGCUGGAUUCCAAAUGGACGUUCUCUGGCGCACUCAUAUACUGCAUCACAUUGAUCACAACUAUAGGUUACGGCAAUGUAUCUCCUCGAACAGCGGCCGGCAGGGCAGCUACUGUAGCAUACGCGGCUGCUGGUGUACCGUUGACGCUGGCUUGCUUGGCGGGCUUGGGCGCGUCGCUGGCACGGCUGGCAAGAGCUGGAUGGCUAAGUGCCACUAAGAAGAAAGUGCCGAAUACGUGGAGAAAAGAAGGAGAGAUGGAGAACCACUUCCAACUCCACGAACAGCAACGGUUACUACCGCAACCUGCGGAGAACAACCAGUACACGUCGUUCCCUCCUCGGCGGCCUGGAACCGUCCGGGCUAGAGCUGGAGAGAGGGGACAGUAUUCCCAGGUGUUCGAGAGAGCGCCGCCCAGCCCUAAGUCUGCCACGCUAGGCCGUACCAAGCGCAGUGCCUUGGCUGAUGAACCUCACACAUCAUCAGCAUUACAAACACAAACGCUAGAUCGCAAACGGACAAUGGGCAGCAUGAAGUGCCUGGCAACAGUUCACGGACACAGUCCAGGGCGAGGCCGGGGUCGGACUAUACAGAGGCCGAGAGGGGCCGUCAUUGAACAGCUGAUAGCUGAGGAGUGUGGUGAUCUGCCGAUGAACAGGAGCCAGGAGGAUUUGGAGGACUCGGAAGAUCCUGAUGAGUCAAUAUGCCCCCACGACACCCCAUCACGAGUGCCUUUGAUCUGGAAGGACGACAAAUCCAAAAGCUGUGCCGUCCCAAGCAGCAGCGCCAGCGUUCAGCACAUCAACCACGGGAUCGAGCACUGCCACGUCCCCGUCAGCAUAGUGCUCUUCCUCCUACUAGCAUACAUCUGUGUUGGGGCUGCCAUCUUCUCCGCUUGGGAAAACUGGAGCUUCCUCGACGCUGCGUACUUCUGUUUUAUAGCUCUAGCCACCAUCGGCUUCGGAGACUUCGUCCCAACAAGUUUCCUAACAGCCAAGCACACAACAGAAAAUUCUAAAAGCGAAUACAUACAGAUGAUCGCCUGCUGUGCGUACCUAGUUUUUGGACUCAUACUCAUAGCGAUGUCCUUUAGUCUUCUACAAGAUGAAGUUGUAGCUCGGUGUUCACAAAUAGCAAAUAGUCUAGGUUUAUCGAGACAAUGACAGUACGAGAAGAGCGAUUGUAGCUCCACAGAUAACCAUCUUAGAAUGUUAUGAUCGUUCAUGUGAGGAGGAAUUAAGUUAGGGUCCAAAUUAUAUUUACUUUCUUUAUUGGAUCCGUUUUCUGUACUUUUAUCAUUAAAACAUUGUAUGCGUAUCUAAAUUACAAUGAAAGGUAAAAUAUUUUUCUCAUAUCUGUCUACAUGUAACGCUGAAAUUAUUUAAAAAUUCGAAACUUUUUACGGAAUUUGUACUCAAAAAAUUAAAAUGGUGUCGGUGGUGUAAAUAAUGUAAAAACUAUUUAUAAAAGCAAGGCUGAAAUUGUAAUGAAACAAUAAAAUUGUGUUGAACAGU